UUAUACAUAAGUCGUGCGAACAAGAACUAUAAUUUCUGUGUGAAGUGGGAACAUCACUGGAGAAAGAUCGCGAGAUCCAAGCAAACCGCGAUUCUGAUUUUUCGAACAAUAGACUUCUGGGAUGUCAUCAAGUGCCGAUCCAGCUCGUGAGCCCUUGCUACCUAAGGAGCAGUUAGAUCCCAUGGCUCAAGACUUCAACACAAAAUCAAGAACAACCUCUUCAAGCAAAAGAAGACUGCAUCGCUCUAGAAGCGCUCCUCGCGGUGAUUGUACAUACGACGACAACGAUGUCAAAACCGAUGAACCCCCUCUUCAUCCCAGUCAGUUGUUCAAUCUAAACCCGAACCUCAGACGAGUCAUCAUGUUCUUGGCUUUAUAUCUCACCAUCGGUACUCUCUGUUUCUACCUCGUGAGAAACCAGAUCUCCGGUCACAAGACCAACGGUGUGUUGGAUGCCGUCUACUUCUGUGUUGUAACAAUGACAACCGUUGGAUACGGUGACCUUGUCCCUAGUAGCUCUACCUCAAGGCUACUCGCUUGUGCCUUUGUCUUCUCGGGAAUGGUCCUCGUGGGUCACCUUUUAAGCCGAGCAGCGGAUUAUCUAGUGGAGAAGCAAGAGACUUUGCUGGUCAGGGCUUUCCAUUUGCGUCAAAGCUCCGGUCCGCUAGACAUUCUCAAGGAGUUGCAAACUAACAAGCUGAGAUACAAAUGCUAUGUCACGUUCCUUAUCUUUGCAGUCCUCUUCCUUGCUGGGACUAUUUUCCUUGUAACGUUUGAGAAUAUGCCUGUUAUUGAAGCUUUCUACUGUGUUUGCUCCACGGUUACUACAUUGGGUUAUGGAGACAAGAGCUUUAACUCUGGAACUGGACGCCUUUUCGCUGUUUUUUGGAUCUUGACGAGUACUAUAUGUUUGGCUCAGUUUUUACUCUAUGUAGCUGAGCUAAAUGCAGAAACCAAACAGAGGGAGCUGGUGAAAUGGGUUUUGACAAGGAGGAUCACAAACAAUGAUCUUGAAGCAGCUGAUCUUGAUGAAGAUAGAGUUGUGGAAGCUGCAGAGUUUAUUGUAUAUAAGCUGAAAGAAAUGGGGAAGAUUGAUGAGAAAGAUAUAUCUGGGAUCAUGGAAGAGUUUGAGAACCUCGAUUACGAUGAAUCUGGAAACCUGACCAAUUCUGACAUCGUUCUAGCUCAGAUCCAAAGGUAGAGCAUUCAUUAUCAUCAUUUCCUGGAGACGAAGCAGAAUCUUUGUUAAGUUGCAUACAUGUAUGCAAGCAACUACAAGAAGUAAAAGAGAAGUGAACAGUUUUCUUUUGGAAGUGUUGUUUGUUUCUGUUUGUGUUUUUGUACCGUAAUGCCAUAGACUCACUCUAUAACUGUUUUGUGAUGUCUUGAGUGUAUAAUAUACGUGGAUUUGUACACGUAUACGUUGGCUAAGCAAACUGGAUCUUGCUAUUGAUCUGAUAUGGAACUCAGUUUUGUUCUA